CAACUUUCUUGCUAAGCGUGUCAGUGGUGGCUGAGCAGAAUGCCUGUCGUUACGAAGCGGAACAUUUACCACGCGCUCGCCGUGUGCUACAGGCAGUUGAGCGCGCCGCCGCCCAGCUAUUGGCACCAGCCGAGCGCAGACCCGCUCCUGGCGAUCACCGUGGGCCAGCUAGUGGACAGCGCCGCAGACCGCUUCGGCUCCCGGGAGGCGCUCGUCUCCUGCCACCAGGGCGUGCGGCUCACCUUCAGCGAGGUCAAGCGCCGGGUGGACCGGCUGGCGGCCGGCCUGCUGGACGCUGGGCUGCGUCGCGGGGACCGGCUGGCGCUGUGGGGCGGCAACUCGGCCGAGUGGUACCUGGCCGCGCUGGCCGCCGGGCGCGCCGGCAUGGUGCUCGUCUGCGCCAACCCCGCCUACGAGGUCGCCGAGUUCCGCUACUGCCUCAACAAGGUGGGGGCCCGCGGCGUGGUGGCGGCAGAGGCGUGCUACCCCAAGGUGGAGAGGAUGGCGCCGCAGCUGUCCUACAGCCCGCCGGGCGACCUGCAGUGCGCCGACGUGCCGGACCUCGCCACCGUCGUCUUCAUGGAGGGCGAGCGCAAACGAGGAGCCUUCCAACUGAGAGAGCUGAUGGACUCCGCGACGAGGGGCUCCCUGGGCGUGAUCACCAACCAGCAGCUCUCCAUACAGCCAGACGACGGCUGCAACAUCCUCUUCACCUCCGGAACGACGGCGAAACCAAAGGCAGCCAUCUUGACUCACCACAAUAUAAUCAACAAUUCUUACUUCGUUGGAAAACGCAUGCAGUUUGACGAAAAGCACCACCGUAUCUGCCUGCAAGUGCCACUGUUCCACUGCUAUGGCUUCUGCAGUGGAGUGUUGGCCGCCCUGCACCAUGGUGCCACUGUCGUCCUGCCAUCGCUGUAUUUCAACCCUAAGGCUUCCCUAGACGCUAUCGAGAAAGAAAAGUGCACCGUGGUAUAUGGCACACCUACCAUGUACGUUGACCUGGUCGCCGAGCGAGACUUCGAGGAUCGCCGGUUCGAGACCCUGGAGACGGCGGUCAGCAGCGGCUCACCCAUCUCCCAUCCGCUGUUCCUCGAGCUGCAGCGCAAGUUCGGCGUCCGGAAAGUUGGCUCUCUGUACGGUCUGACGGAGACGAGCCCCGUCGUCUUCCAGUCUCAGCCAACCGACUCGGAGGAUCAGAUGCUCAACACCGUGGGAGCCGUCUCGCAGCACGUCGAGGUGAAGGUGGUGGACGAGCAGCGCAAAGUUGUGCCCAUGGGGACUGUGGGCGAGCUGUGUGUGCGUGGCUACGUCACCGUGGCGCGAUACUGGUCAGACGAGGAGAGCACGCGCAGACUCUACUACCGCGAGCGCUGGCUUCGCACAGGGGACCUGUUCAUUAUGAGGGAAGAUGGCUACGGGAAGCUCGUUGGACACCUAAGAGAUCGCAUUAUUCGAGACUGCGAAAACAUUUUCCCGAAAGAGAUCCAGGAAUUACUUGAGACACAUCCGGACAUACUGGAGACGCAGGUCUUUGGAGUUCCACAUGAGAGAUGGGGAGAACAGAUAUGCGCCUGCAUACGUCUGAAGAGGGGCUCCACUUUGACAUCUGAUGCAGUACGAGAGUUUGCAAGUGGUAAAAUUUCAGACUUCAAGAUUCCAUCCAUAAUAGAAAUAGUGGAUGAACUACCGAGAAAUCCUUCAGGAAAGAUCCAGACUCUGCAGCUGCGUGAAGCAGUGAUGGAAAAGUAUGGAAUAAAAGAUGUAGCAAUAUAUGGCUGGUGAACGAGAAUCAUCACAUUAUUUGCUUGUGAAAUGUAUGUUCUAAUCUGUGUAAACGGAACGUUAAAAUGAGAUUAAUUGUUCCAUGUGUUAAACAGUAAGAUAUCAUAUGUCAUGAUUAUUGGCCUGUUGAAAAUAUGCUCGCUUUAUUAAAUGUUAUUUAUGGAAGAGACAAGGAGUAAUUUAAGGAUAUUCAUUUUAACAGAUUCACCAAACCACCGCUAAUUACAUAUUUAUAUUGUUGGGUAAAUAGUUAUAAGUGUUGUCCAGAACAUCUGCAGUUUGUAACGAGAGUUAGCUCUCUUUGAACGCAUGAAAAAUAGGUGAUUUC